AUGUCCAGACCUACGGUGCUGUUAAUUGGCGGCAUUACACAUGUGCAGAAAGAAUGGCAAGAAUGCUCUAGCUUUGCGGAGCUGAAGACAUUCGCUGGUACCACGCGAGGAGAGUUCUUGAAGCAGUGUGAAGAUGGAAGUUAUAAUGAUGUGGUUGCUCUUUACAGAAGUAACGAAUCAACAUCUUUAACUGGCCCAUUUGAUGCGGAGCUCGUGGGAAAACUCCCACAAUCGUUGAAAUAUAUCUGUCAUAAUGGAGCAGGAUAUGAUAACAUAGAUAUCACUGCAUGCACUUCUCGAGGUAUCCAAGUCUCUAGCACACCUGUCGCGGUAAAUAAUGCCACAGCUGAUAUUGCCAUAUUCCUCCUUCUCGGAGCCCUACGACGCAUUCACCAGCCAUACGCAUCUAUCCGGUCUUCCCAAUGGCGAGGACCAUCUUUCCAGCUUGGAUACGACCCCCAGAACAAAAUCCUAGGAAUAUUAGGCAUGGGAGGCAUCGGCCGAGAGGUGGCAGCUCGCGCUCGAGCUUUUGGGAUGACGAUCCAUUACCACAACCGCAGCCGCUUAUCUCCCGAUUUAGAAAAAGGUGCGAAGUAUGUGAGCUUUGAGGAGUUGAUAAGAACCAGUGAUGUUUUGAGUUUGAACUGCAGUUUGAGGAAAGAGACCGUUGGGAUAAUUGGGAAACGAGAAUUCGAGAUGAUGAAGCAGGGCGUGAUCCUCAUCAAUACUGCCCGAGGAAGAUUAAUCGAUGAAGCAGCAUUGGUGGAGGCUCUCGAUUCGGGGAAAGUGUUCAGUGCCGGGCUGGAUGUUUAUGAAGAGGAACCGAAAGUCCACGAGGGAUUAUUGAAUAAUCCGAACGUGGUGUUGCUACCGCACAUUGGAACAGCAACUUUCGAGACGCAGAGAAACAUGGAGUUGCUGGUAUUGGAGAAUAUCAAGAGUGCUGUGGAGAAGGGAUCUCUGAUUACGCAGGUUCCGGAGCAGACAUCGAAAGAGGGCCGGUAG